AUGUUUGCCUUCGUGCGCACGACUGAGUAUCUGUUUGUUCCAGGUGAAUACACGCAGACAUUUGCCUUUGCGCGCAUGACUGAGAGUGGAACUUCGGGCAAUGUUAUGUUUGGUACACCACCAACCUCGGACGGUCCUCCUUCAUCGUCAAUGUUGACCCCCGCAUUAUCAUCAUCAUCAUCAACUGUCUCAGCCUCCUAUAAGACACCCUUGUUUGUAUCAGCUUCCACUGACGUUGGGAGACAGUAUCUGCCCCUCGUGCACAACCUCUUCCAGCUUGUCCCACUUGUCUUCUGCGACGCACUCUGCUACCUGCUGUGCCUUGUCACGGUCUUCAUCAAUAAUCUCCCACCUGCUGCACCUCGUUUUCGUCAACAAUCUCCUGCCUCCCGCAGCUCGCUGUCUUUGAUAAUAUCCCACCUGCUGCAUCUUGUCUUCAUCAACAAUCUCCCACCUCCUGUGACCCAUCUUCUCCCACCUCUCGAAUCUAGCCCACUUCUUGUCCUUGAGUCGGACCUUGACAUUGUUGAUGGUCAAUAUCGCUCCUCUGACUUCACACUUGUUCAUGAUGUUGCAGGGGAUGUUGUUCCUCCUUUUCAGUAUCAGAAUAACACUGCUGAAGGCAUGCAGUUGCAAACUGAAGGCAAGCAGCUGAAAAAGAAACAAUGUUGCUCAGUGUUGUAUAUUGCAAACGUCCGUAAUAGGACCAAAGCUCAUAGUGAACGAGCAAGUAGACUCGUGCGUGUGGUUGAGGAUCUGGACAAAGCAUCGAGACCAUUCAUUUUCCUAUAUAUUGCAAGACCAGAAUCCAUCUUAUCGAAGAAUGGAAAAUCUGUGAUCCAUAUAUCUCCUGCCUUACAGGCAGCUUUUGAUGCGAAGGGAGAUCACUGUCCCAUUAUGGACAUUCAUAAGACGGCAAUGGCAUAUGUUCGUAAACAAGUACUGAGCAGCAAGGACAUUAUUGCGAUCAAUGCAGAGGUUCAUCAGGCACAGGCUGAGAAGCACCAAGUCAUGAACAAGCUUCAAAAUCUUCAGGAGGCUCAUAGUCAUGAGCUUUUGGCUGAGCAGCAAUGUUGUCAGGCAGUUGAAGCUCAGCUUGUAUCACUUACCCAGCAACUUGAACUUAGUGCAUAUAAUAUUUAA